CUGCUCUCGGCUUUCUCCCUCGAUCAUCAGUCCGACUUCUGAUCGACGACGCUUCCCUCCUUCCGUUCGGAUAUGAUAUGCUCAGAUUUCUCCGCUCCACGAUGACUGCGCUCUCUUCCACCCCUCGUGUCCCUAUCCCCGCGAAUGGCGUCGACUACCGGGGGAAGGUCGUCCUGGCCCCGAUGGUGCGCUCCGGCGAAUUGCCCACACGCCUUCUCGCCCUCAAAUACGGUGCAGACCUAGUCUGGGGUCCCGAGACCAUCGAUCGCGCCCUCAUAGGCACCACCCGCCGCGUGAACCCGCGGACCGGGAUCGUUGAAUUCAUCCGUCGGCCGUCCAACGGUGGCCGCCCCAGCGAAGCCGACAAGGACUCCAUCAUCUACCGCAUCGAUCCCGCGCGCGAGAAGAACCGCCACAUCUUCCAGAUCGGCACCGCGAGCCCAGACCGCGCCGUCGAGGCAGCCACGCUCAUCGCCGCCGACGUCUCCGGCAUCGACGUCAACUCGGGCUGCCCCAAACCCUUCAGCACCUCCGGCGGCAUGGGUGCCGCCCUGCUCAAGGACCCCGAGCGUCUGGUCUCCAUCCUCGAGGCUCUCGUCCGCGACGUCGGUACGCCCUUCCAGAUCGGCAUCUCCGUCAAGAUCCGCAUCCUCGGCGAACCCGACCUCACCGAGACCCUCGUCUCCCGCCUCGUCCAGACCGGCAUCACCGGCCUGACCCGCGCCAUCCGCGACCAGCUGCGCAUGGUCGCCAACGUGUGCCACAACGCCGGCAUCGCCUGCGUCAUGAACGGCGACGUCACCUCGCGCGACGAGGCCCUCGCCCUGAUCGCCGAGUACGGCGUCGACGGCGCCAUGGUCGCCACGGCCGCAGAAUCCAACCCGUCUUGCUUCCGCACCCUCGCCGAGGGCGGCCUCCUCCACUGGCGCGAAGUCGUCUACGACUAUCUCCAGGCGGCGAUCGGGAUCGAAAACCGCUUCGGCAACACCAAGUUUCUCAUGAACAUACUCCUCCCCGGCAAGGACCGCGAAUUCAAGAUCGCCAGAGACUCUAAGAGCUACGCCGACUACUGCUAUCUCCUCAAAUUCCCGGAUCUCAUCCCCGAGGCUCAGCGCGUCGACGAACUGAUGGGCCUGGCAUCGCGCUCCAUCACCGCCAACGGGACCGCUCUUCCCAGCACUGCUACUACCUCCACUUCCACCGUUUCCACUACUACGACAAACAAUCACAGCAAAGCCGUUCAGCAAGCCCUCGAGCAAAACGAGUCCGCCCGCGCAGCAGGCGGCGCUCCCCGCUCGAAACCCACCCCGUCACCCCCUAGCGGCGGCGGUCCCAUCCGCACGAGUGCCUUCCCGAGCCCGACAAAACCCCAGCCCGAAGAGACGGCUCCCGAAGCUUCUCAGCAGCAGAAACUAGCUGCAUAGAUCAUCUCUUCUAUACCUCUCAGCGUUUUUUUUCUCAUUUUUUCUAUUUCACAUUCGUCUUACUUUUUUUCCCCCCUGCAUAUUGAUAUCAACCCAGAACAAAAGUUACGGCAUUACCAUAUCUUUCCUACUCGUUAAAUGAUUGACACUUGAUACGGCCGAUUUGCAUUGUCGGUGUUUUAACCUACUUAAUGAAGCACUGUUGGUUUCUUGUUGGAGUUUCUAGAUAUUUAUUCUUAUUAUCAUUUCCUGGUAUAUCUGUAUAUACAAUACAAGCCUACAUAUGAA